AUGGCGAGAAUGCCUGGCAGCGCAGACUGCUCUAGUGACACAGCGGGGACAGAGCGGGAGGAGCACAUGAGUUGCCCGGAGACUGAGAGGAGUGGAGAUGAGGAGGAUGAUGAGAUCCAGGAGGUACAGAUCACCGGGGAGGAGUACGGGGAGGAUGAACUGGAGUGGGAGGCAGAGUGCGCAGACCCCAGCAGCUGCUCCGCUAUGGAGACAGAAGCGGUCCUUAUGCGUAGUACGGACCAGUGCAGCGGGUUUGGACCGGGAGCGGACCCUGGACUGUUUCACAUCCCCGAACUGGACUCGGAUCCGGAGGGAGACCUGCAGCCGUCUGACCGCUCCAGACUGAGCGAAAACACCCGCCUGGCUACCAGGUAUGCGGUACGGAUCUUCCGGGAGUACCUGAGCGAGAAAUCCCAAAGUCCUGACUUUGAAACUCUGGACAAGGAGGUGCUGUGCGUGGUCCUGCAGUCCUUCUACGCGGAGGCACGCUCUAAGAGCGGCCAGCUCUACAGCAAGUCUUCCCUCAUUAGCAUUCGGAGUUCUCUGAACCGCUACCUGAAUGAGCCACCGUACUGUCGCACCCUGGAUCUCACUAAAGACCCGGAGCUACGCAGCGCCAACCUGACCCUGGCCGCGGUCAUCAGAAAGCUGGAGGAGCAGGGUGCUGGUCCCGUGGUGCAAAAACAGGCAAUCACGCGGGCGGACCUGAGAAAACUCUACACCUCCAGUGUAUUUAACAUCGAUACGCCGUUCGGGCUGCUCAACAAAGUGUGGUUCGAGACAUGCAUGUAUUUCUGUACGAGGGGGCGAGAGAAUCAGCGCGAGCUGGAGGAGGAUUCAUUCGGCCUGGCCAUAGACGAGAAUGGGAGAAAGUUUAUCUAUUUCAAAGCACUGGGGCCGUAUCACAAGUCUCGCUCCGCGUGUUGGAAUAAAAAGAGACCAGACCCGGAUGAAGAUACUUUGCCGCGCAUGUAUGAGACUGGAACUGAGUUUUGUCCAUAUGCCAGCUUUGUUAGGUAUGUCUCGAAACGGAACCCAGUGUGCAAAGCAUUCUUCCAACGACCACGAGACCACUGCUGCGCAAGCGACAUAACAUGGUAUGAGAACAAAGCCAUUGGUAAAAACCUGCUUGGUACGAGGAUGCAGAUGCUGUCGCGUGCUGCCAAACUGUCAAAGACCUACACCAACCACUGCAUCGGCGCCGUCUCCAUAGCAACGCUCAACAGCAUUGCCGGUAUAGGGUCAAAGUUGGUGUCGCUUCAGAUUGCCUCGGAAACAGUUAAUGGUGGCGUGCAGUCUCAUCUCCAGCUCGUGAUCCCGUACAUCCAACAGGUCACAGACACAGUGGAACUGAAGCCUCAGAGAACAACAAGGAAAGCUCAUGCUCUCUGCGGUUUUUCGGGACCUCCUUCUCCUAAGAAGCUCUGUGUGCGUCCCGGAGAACGCGCAAUGUUCCCUGUGGUCAUAGUGGACGGUACAGAGCCCGUGGACACCAGACCCCAGGAGCCCCACGGUCAGCAAUCCGCUCCUUUACUGACUGACGUGGUAUCCGCGCAGGAUAGCCGUAAUAGCAGCAUGGCCAGUAGGCCGCUGGUCUCCCAGUCCCCUGCCUCGCCACUGGGCUCUGGGGGUAUCGGGGGCAUCCCCACCCCCGCCCAGCUCACAAAGACCAACGCCCCUGUACACAUAGAUGUAGGAGGACACAUGUACACCAGCAGCCUGGCUACACUCACCAAGUACCCCGAGUCACGGAUUGGUCGUCUAUUCAACGGGACAGAGCCCAUAGUGUUAGAUAGUCUGAAGCAGCACUACUUCAUAGACCGAGACGGCCAUAUAUUCUGCUACAUCCUCAACUUCCUGCGGACGGCCAAACUGCUCCUCCCUGACGACUUCAAAGAGUACUAUCUACUCUAUGAGGAGGCCAGGUUCUUCAAGCUAUCCCCACUACAAGCAGAAUUAGAACGCUGGAGGAGUGAGCGUGAGGCUAGGAGUGUGUGGCGUGUGUGUGAGUGUGUGGUGGUGCGUGUAGCUCCAGAGCUGGGGGAGAGGAUCACUCUGAGUGGAGACAGGGCUUUGAUCGAGGACGUGUUUCCAGAGGUUGGGGACGUCAUGUGCAACUCCAUGAACCUAGGCUGGAAUCAUGACUCUACUCACGUCAUACGCUUUCCACUCAACGGAUACUGUCACCUCAACUCUGUACAGGUAACAAGACAGACACUACCCUAUCAAUACCACUGCUUACCAUGAAAAUAACUACCCAACAUCCUACAAUAACAGAUUACGUCACCUCAACUCACAAAGAAUAAGGUCACCUCAACUCAUAUCACAUUAAACCACCUCAACUUUGUGUAUGUAGCCUUAAAGACAUGCUCCGGAACUUUGGCGACUACAAAGUAUUUUUAUCUUUGCUCUGGAUGUGUCAAUGUGUAGUUCAUACAUGCAUAAUCUAUGAGCAGAGUUACUGUUUUGCCUCAAUUAGCCAUGAAAUCCCUAGUUUGAAAACAACCGUUUUUCUGGAAGCUGUGCUGCGCCAUUUUUUCUACAUUUUCUCCCACGUGGGCCAGCCCCCUAGCAAUUUGAGUUCAACCAAUGAGCUUCAGCCCCUCGCCAUUUGAGUGACAGCUAGCAAGAGGCACAUCAUGCACACACAGCAGAACGAGAGAGAGCACAAUGACGCGGUGUACAUAUCUUCACAUACGGUAUGUGACGUAGUACAUAAUGUUCUGGGAAACCUUUUGGCUUGUGAGUGUUACUUUCAGAACUACUGGCUAAAAAGUAUACAAAAUCUCUUUAACUCCGUACA